AAUCGGUGUCGUGACGUAAUGCCUGUGACGUUUGUAGGGCAUCCCCGUCGGAGCUGACGGUCAGACUGUAGCUUAGGCAGCAAGAGAGCAGAAGACGACUCCCAAACAUGGCUUUGAAUCGGAAUCAUUCACAGAACGGCGGCGUUUUGGUUAACAACGGAGAAAGUGUUUUAAGGGAAUGUAAGAAUGUGGAGCUGUCGUUCAGUGAUGUCACCUGCAAGACAGACUUGCUGAGGGGAACCAAGAAGGGCACAGUUUACCUCACACCAUACAGGUUGCUGUUUGUGUCCAGUAAUACCAAGGAUUGCCUGGGUUCAGCUAUGUUCCCUUAUUAUCUGAUGAAGGGCUGCAGCAUUGAGCAGCCAGUCUUUGCAGCAAACUACAUCAAAGGGACAGUUUCAGCAGAGCCUGGUGGUGGCUGGGAGGGCCAGGCCCAUUUCAAGAUGUCAUUCCCCAGUGGAGGAGCCAUUGAGUUGGGACAGCAUCUCUUCAAACUGGCCACCAAUGCUUCUCGUGCUGCUCCUGCCCAGAAUGGCGCUGCCUCUUUCGGCUAUCCCUCACCCGGAAUGAUGAAUGGCUACGGCCCACCUCCUUCUGCUCCCAGUGGCUAUCCUUACCCACCCCCUCCGCAGCAGAAUGGAUUCUACCAGGGGCCUCCCCCUGCUGCUGGCAACAUGGGCUAUGCCUAUCCACCAGCUGCUGCAGGAAUGUACCCAUCUGGUUUUGACUACAUGGCCCCACCUCCCCCGUACCCUGGGCCACCCCAGAAUUGGACUGCACCCCCCCAGAACUGGACAGCACCCCCACCACCACCUCCAGGUAACUCCAAAGCAGCUGAAGCUGCAGGCAGCGCAUAUUACAAUCCCAGCAAUCCACACAAUGUCUACAUGCCCAUGGAGCGGCCUCCACCAUAUGCACCUUUUCCAGACUCUCCCAACAAGAAAAACAACUGAGGCACCAUCACGUCAAUGACACUCUUCUCUCUUUCUCUGUAUCUUUAAAUAAAUAUUCUAAAGCAAAGAGUAAUGUUGAUGGACACCAAGUAGAUUGUAAAAUACAGAAAGAAAAAUGCAAGUAAUAGAGUGCUCAAAGAUGUCAGUGAUAAUUCACCAAUCAAUCAGUGAUAUUUUGGAUACUGGAAUAGCUUACAAAGCAAUCACACCUUUAAUAGUGUUUAUUCCUGAUACUUAAGUUCAUUUAAAAUGAUUGAAAACUUGUAACUUUGGCUUUUCUGAGACUCUGCAUCAUAAUUAACAUUCUUGGUGAUAGGAUUUAUUUUAUUUCUGUCGAGGUCUUUAGCACAUGGUUAAGGGCACCUGAACUAUCCUUAUUAGGAGCUGAAAGGAAGGAGGUAGUAUGGGGAAUGUAUUUUUUAAGACAGAUUUAUUACCAAAACAUUUUGUAGCAAUUUCUUGAUUGCUUGGUUCCUAUAGUUAUUAACAAUAGCAACUCCUACUAUAAGCGGUAAAGUAUUUUUGCAGUAUCAUUGCAAGUACUGUGUGUGUGUUUCCUAUACAGGUUUAUGUUGAGUAUUUGUCACCCAUAUACAGAACCAGAUCUGGGUUGAAUAGUGUUUAAUAAUACAGUCUCCAACUGAUUCUCAUACUUUCCUUCAUAAUAACCAAUGUGAUCCUGUACUCCAUCAGGUAGAUUACAGUCUAAGUAAUUCCAGUUAUUGUAUGACCCUUAUCUCACAGUCUCCUUCAUCGUUCAAUAUAUCUUAGCAGUUUUGCUUAUCAAAAGGAGCAGUGUAAUGUUUGAAAAAGGGGAUCAGAUAGAUUUCUUACAUAACAAGUCUGUGUAUAGUAUGUGCAAUAUUUUAACCUCACAUAAUAAGGUUAUAGCUGACAAGCUGGGGUUACCCGAGUGACCCUUUGCUCUACUCUUGGCUUCUAUUGUAUUCAUGUAUGCAAAGCCAAGCUGAAACCAGAACUCUACCGUUUGACUAAUUACACGAGUAUGGGGUUACAGGGCCAUGCCAAUAUAUUAAGGGCCCAUCAGUGUUUCGCCUGCUGUUGAAACUUCUGAAUACUAACCAUUUAUUCCUAAUGAAACUAAGGGCGAGGCACCAACCGGCUGUGUAAUUGCAUCUCCCUCAAUGUGCAUCAGUUAACACCUAUUUGAAGGACUAUUUGCACACAGUAGUAGUGGAAAGAGUAACUUUUUGGGGUUUGGAUUUUAGUUUGCUUGAAUUAAUCAGAUGUCUGUAUAUUAAUAUCUCUUUUGCAGUUCUUAUUCCUUUUGCUGAAUUUUGUCAAUUCAAAUCUAAUAAAUGUGUCAUUUAUUAAAUUUCA